ACUUCCCAGUGCAGCGGUUGUUGUCGUCGACAACAGUUGCUUAUUGCAACUUAAAUUGUGUAUACUACUUUUUGCAUACACAAUGGCAGGAGCAAGAUUUUCCUCGUUUGACUACGAAAUAUUUGGCAAAGUGCAAGGUGUAUUCUUUAGAAAGCACACACAGAAAACAGCUAAGUCUUUGAGGUUAGUUGGCUGGGUCAGGAACACAGACAAGAGGACGGUGGAGGGCGUAGCCCAGGGCGCUGAAAGUGAUGUACAAAAAAUGAAAAAAUGGUUACAAACUGAAGGUAGUCCAAAAUCAAGAAUUGAUCGUGCUGUGUUCAAAAACGAAAAGACAAUAUCGACACUUCAGUUUGAGGAUUUUUUAAUUAGACGUUAGACAUCUUGUUUUCAUGUCUUAUCAACAAAUCUGUUACGAUGCCUGUUUUUACAUUAGUUUUUUUUUUCAUAAUAAAAGCAAUGAUCUGUGUU